CCUAGUCUAUUAAACGUGUACCUCUAGACGAAAAACAUUGUUAAUCACCGGUCUAUCUACUAAAAAAGUAGACACUUCUGUUUUAGUUGUAGUUAAAAGUCAAUUAAUAAAUUAUCGACGAUAUAAAGUCGACUUUUCCCCGCUUAUAAUGUCGCGAUUGUUUGUUUUUAAGUAAUAAAAAUAAAACACUACGUAAUAGUAUCGUUCUUACUAUCGUAUCUUCUUUUCCUCUCGACUCCCACUGCAUUUGCUGGCACAUUUUUCGCCCCAUCUCGCCUCCCAGCCGGUUUUCGCCAAUGCCAAUAUAUUUGGAACUGGAGUUUAUUUAAAGGCCCAUCAAAAUUGCGGAUGUGAAGAUUCGGUGAAAGUUGCAGUAACGAGUACAAAUAGGGGCCAGCUUUUCGAAAAUACAAGCCAUGUUGAUUCCUGUUCUACUGAUAAUUUGCAUUUCCCUGCUCUAUUAUUACGUAACCUGGCUCCAAAACUACUGGACUAGAAGAAAAGUACCUCAAGGUGAUACAGUGUGGCUAUUCGGAGACUUAUUCUGGUUUAUUCUUCGCCGUGAAAGUACAGCUGCAUGGGUGAAAAGAGUUUAUGAUAUCUUCCCUAACACACGGUAUUCAGGAUCCUACCAGUUUACAACUCCUACACUAAUAAUAAAAGAUGUUGAUUUGAUUAAGAAAAUUGCUAUAAAGGAUUUUGAUACUUUUCCAGAUCACAGGACCUAUGUUCCGGAGACUAGUGACCCGUUGUGGGCCAAAAAUCUAUUUGCAGUAAAAGUUCCAAAAUGGCGUCAGAUGCGACCAGUCCUCUCUCCGGCUUUUACCAGCAGCAAAAUGAAACUGAUGUUCAACCUAAUGAUCGACUGUGUUGACCAUUUUGUUGGACAUUUCAAAAAUGGCAACAACGAAGUAGUUGAAGUAGAAUGUACCGAUGUUUUCAGCCGUUUUGCGACUGAUGUGAUUGGCAGUUGUGCGUUCGGGUUCGAGGUCAAUUCUGUAAAAGAAGCAAACAACGAGUUUUACCAAAAAGGUUUGGAACUUACGGAUUUUACUAAUUUUUGGAAAAAUUUUGCUUUAUUUGGGUAUAUGAUUAUACCAGGAUUGUAUAAGCUUCUCAACUUAAAAAUAGUAUCAGACGAAGAAAGCAAAUACUAUCAUUCCAUUAUAGAAAAAACCAUAAAAUUGAGAAAAGAAAAAGGUAUAAUAAGGCACGACAUGAUUCAUCUCUUAAUGGAAGCAAGAGAUGAAGCAAAUAAAUUACAGACUAAUGGAGAUCAUAAUGAUUGGAAUAUCUCCGACGAGGACAUAAUAGCUCAAGCAAUAGUUUUCUACUUCGCUGGGUUUGACACUAUCACACUAUUGUUGACAUAUUUAUUCUACGAACUGGCAUUGAACCCAGAUAUACAAAACAAACUGAGAAAUGAAGUAGAACAAACGCUGAAAGAAUGUGAUGGGAAAGUUACAUACGAAGCUUUGUUCAAAAUGAAAUAUAUGGAUAUGGCUGUAUCAGAAACCUUAAGGAAAUAUCCCAUCAACGUCAUUGUAGAUCGAGUCUGCACAAAGCCCUACAUCAUCGAACCCACUGCUGCUCACGAGAGUCCGAUAUCUCUAGAAGUCGGCACAGUGGUCUGGAUCCCCAUCUACCCCAUCCAUCACGAUCCUAAGUACUAUCCAGAACCAGAAAAAUUCGACCCAGAGAGGUUUAACGAAGAUAACAAAUCAACCAUUGUCCCAGGUAGUUAUAUACCGUUCGGUAUCGGACCAAGGAACUGCAUAGGGUCCAGAUUUGCGCUUAUGGAGACCAAGAUAUUGUGCUUUUAUAUCUUGCACCAUUUUGAAAUUGUUCCAACAAAAAAGACCAUGAUCCCGGUAAGCUUAUCGCCAAAGACGUUUAACAUGAAACCUGAUAAAAGUAUCUGGUUGGGAUUGAAGAGAAGGAACGAAUCACAAUGAUCUCUUACAUAUUUAUAGGCUAAGAUUUUUGAUAUACAUAUACAAUUUGUACAAAGUUUAUUUAAUGGAAACACAUCUACAUAAAUAUUAAGACUCUGAAAAUAGCUGAAGAUUGAAGACACAUAAUAUAUUUUUGUGGCAAAAGUAUCAGUUGUUUUAAAAAUAAUUUCAAUAUGUAUUGACAAGGUGGAAUCACUUCGUAGAAGAGAUCGAUAGGAUGAAAUGGGCACCAGAAAAUCAAAACAGAACAAGAGAAGAAAUUAAUAUACAGUGAUGAGCGCGCUAAUAACCGGCAGAAUAACGCAAAAGACGGAAAACUUAAUACAUUGCGAAGUAAAGAGGGAGGAAACUAGUAGAGGUGGAAAUUAUCGGUAUAAACGUAUAAAUUAACAUUACAUUACAUAGUUUCCCACCUUUAGACGUCUGUGACAGGAGUAUUUUUUAAAAUGCUCUGUAUAUGUCUGUAUAUGUCUGUCUGUACAUGUCUGAAGUUUCAUCGGUUCAAAGUGCUUAUUUUUGAAGGGGCUGUAGUUGAAAAGACUUGAACUAGUCAAUAAUCACGAGUGUAUGCAAAUUUAGAACAGCCAUAUCUUAACCAAUUUUAGUUUACAAAAAAAAACAAAAAAUUCAAAUUAUUCAGAAAAGCAAAAACUACAUUUUUUACUCUUUGUAAUUUUUGGUCACACUAAUAAAUUUUAAGUUAUUUCGAAAAAAAAACCUUUUUUCCAAAAUUAAAAAUUAAAACAGAUUUACUUUAAAGCCAACUUAUUAAAAUAAGCCCUUUGAACCGAUGCCGAUGAUACUUAUAGAUCAUAUAAAUAAUACAUGGGCAAAGGAACUUGUAAAGCGGUAACGAUUUAUUUGAUUUAAUAUGGUAAUUAGGGGUGAUUUCCCUGAAUUUUUUUUUUGACAAAAAAAAGAGAUCAACGUUAUUUUGAGCGUAACUUGCUUAUUUUCGAUACUAGAAACUUUUUUAAAAAACAAAAAAUAAUAUUUUGUUAAACAUUUUUUAUUGGGCUAUAUUUUUUCUAAGAAUGAUUUUCAAUGAAGUACUUACUUUUUGAGUUAUUUGCCAAAAACCGCCUAAAAACGUGUUUUUUUUUUUUUUGUUGAAAAAUGAACGUAUUUAUUCGCAAAUAAGUCGAAAAUUAUUAACUUAAGGACAAAAUGCUAUAGAGUAAAAGUUGCUUAGAAUUUGUCGUUUUAUCCAUUUCCGGGCUUAUUUUGAACGUAUAUGUUUUCACACAUUAUAAGGGGUGAAACUCACCCCCAGGGCAAAAGCACACAGAGGCCCAAUAUCAUUUUUAUUCUUUGACAUGUUAUCUAUGUGUUUGCUAAAUUUUAUGUCAAUCCAAGCGGUGCUUUAAAAUUUGGAACAAAAACCGUGAUUCAAUGUACUAUAAGUUGCUCACCGUUGCUAACGGCAACCGACACAACAAAUCACAUUCGUAGAGAAAAAUAAACCUCCACUACACUUUAAACAUCAUUUUUAAUAAUAAAAUGUAAUUUUCGAUUAAAAUAAUUUUUAUUUUAAAAUAAAAAAAUAUGAAAAAAAAAAUAUUUUUAAGAAACGCUUUUCUUUAGUUACGAGUGACUAAAAUUAAAAAUAUUAUAAAAAAAAUCAACUAAAAAGCAUAAAAUAAAAAAAAUUGAAAAAAUCUAACACAUUCGUCAAAGAAAAGCGUGGCGCGUCUUCAUCAAAUAAACGGUUUUCGCCCUACGCUUUUCUUUAACGAUUGUGUUAGAUUUUUUCAUUUUUUUUUAUUUUUUGCUUUUUAGUUGAUUUUUUUUAUAAUAUUUUUAAUUUUAGUGACUCGUAACUAAAAAAAAAGCGUUUCUUAAAAAUUUUUUUUUCAUAUUUUUUUAUUUUUUACUUUUUAGUCUUACACUUUUCAAACAUUAAAAUAUUUCGUCAUGUUUCUUAAAAUAUGUAUAAAACAUAUGAUGUACCAACAUGAAAAGUAGUCGGAAUCGGCAAAAAAUUUGAAACUUUAUUGUUUAUUUAUGAAUCAUAACGUAAACAAUUAACGUAAAAAGUGAAAUUAUGUAUAGUUCAUAUCAUUAGCUACAAUCCGCAAAAGUUUCAAGUUUUUACAUUGUAAAAAACAAGAGAAUUUAAGCAUUUUCCAUUAAAAUCUUUUUUUUUAUUUAAACAAUUAAUAAACAUAAAAAAAAAUUUUUAUUGAUUAUUCGUGUAUUGUUCCCGCGAAUGUAUAUGUUUGCAAAUUGUCAUUCAUUUGCAUUGGAGAAAAGGCACUCAAAUUAACGUCUAAAAAUUUGACGCAAACUAUUGAACUAAAUAAAAGCGUUUAAUAAUAAAGUCACUACGAUUUAAGAAAACACAAACAAUUACAUCGGCUUCAGUUGGUCGUAAAAAUUUUUUAUUUUGUUUUUAUUUUUUAUUUUGUCUUCCGCAAGAAUAAUCUGCAAGUUAGAAACUCAUAGGAUGUCCAGGGCCGGCUUCAGUACUAAAUGUUUAUAACGAAAUUUGUCCCCUUAAUUUCAAACCCGAAAUAAGAGGUUGAAAAAUGUUUUACGCAUUUAUUUACAUCAGAGUAUGAAAACAUAUGUCUUUAGAAGGAGAGUGGAUCUUGGAUUAACACUCUACGAUUUUUUUUUUCAAAAAGUAAUAGCAUUUAUACAAUGGUAAUAGCCUUCGAUAUUUGACCCCUUUUGAUAAACAAGUUAUAAUAGGUUUGUUCUAGCAUCAGUUUUAAACGGUUUGAAACCAUCAGCGAAUAGUCGACCAGCGCGAGUAGAGGGGAUAGCACUGGUGACUGUAUUAUGUUCUCUCACUGACCAACUGUUUGCUGACGGUUUCUGACUGGUUUGACUGUUUGCUAGAACAAACCAAUUAUCUAAGCAACAAGUCCACCAAUCGGGCUCUACAUUUUUUUUUAUGUUUGGUAUUAAAAUUUCUUCAUUUUAAAGCCUCAAAAAAAUAAAUAAGAGGUAUUUUUACAAUAAAUAAUGCAAUUGCAAAAAACGGCCAUUUUGGACCUUUUGCAGGCUGUUUUUCAAUAACGUAUUAAUGAAAUUAAACUUGCCAUAGCUCACAUUGUAGGUUUUUAAAUCUACUACAAUUUUCUAUUUAAACGCUUUUCUCUAAAAUGAAUAUCCUAAGCUGCAAAAUUAAAAAUUUUUAAAAUUGCAAAUUUAAGAAAUGAAAAACGUCAUAAAGAAAAAACCUCCUAAAAUUUUUGGUUACAUUUUAGUAGAAGUUAUUCCUGGCAUGAUCCUUUACAACACCUGAUAGGUUUCAAAAAUUCCUGAAUUAUAUCCUGAAAUCGACCUAUUUUUCACCCACAGCUUGGACUAAGAGUACUACAGCUAAUCAUCCAAGAGAAAAUAGACAGCAGAAUGGGCCCACACACUGGUGGCUCCAAAACUUGCGACAAUGGUUUGGAUUGUCAUCUGCCGACCUAUUCAUAUCUGCUAUAAACAAAGUCAGAAUAGCCAUGUUAUUUUCCAACGUUGGGAAUUGACAAGGCACAUGAAGAAGAGGAAAGUUCAAAUAUAAAUGUCAAUCAAAUAUAAUUAAGUGAAAUAUAAAGAGGUAGUAAAAGGAUAGAAGAUGUGGUUCAAACCCGAGGAAAGAAAUAAAAAGCUUUAGAAAUAAAAGUAGUUCAGAGAGUGAACAUAACAACAAAUGCUUAAGUUGUGGGGGGAGAAAAAUUACAUUGUAUACACAUAGAUAUGCAAUAGAUAUAGAGACAGGAGAGAAUAAAUAGUUACAAUGAUAAAAACUACAUAAAAGUAUACUGUGGGGACAAAAAUAUGGAGAGAAAGUAGUACAAAAGCAGCUCAAAAAAAGAAAUAGACACAGAGACACAUAUAAUGUAGAUAAUGAGAUGGGAGUAGCAAAAAGGAAUAUAUUAAUAAACAAGUGACUUUCAAGUGACAUAAACAAGUGACUUGAAUUCAUGUCAGAGUAUUGAUAUAAUGGAGUUAAUGGUAGGGAAGCUGUAGGUUAAAAGCUCACAAUUUUUGUUAAUUAUUCAAUCUGCUAGAUUUUCUUCAUCAGUGUACCUCUCGAUAUCAUAUCAAGGGCUCUAGUUGAAAUACAAGAAUGAUACUCUGAAGCUCUGAAGAAAUAUAAAGUGAAAAAGACUGUGAUCAAACGUGUUUCUUCUAAGUAAACUUCAUAGUAAUUAUUUUUAUAAUGAAACGAAAUUUAUUUUGUAUAAUUUUAUGGUAUAAUAUUUAAGAUUAAUUAAAGUAUAUUGUAGUA